CACAUUUUCACAUGCCGAUGGUCCUGAGGGUCAGCCAUGGAAGCUGCCAGACGUGAGGCGGCCAGGUCCAUGAAAAAUGCUCAGCUGACGCUGCACAGCACCGUUCUCCUCUUGUCCCUUGGCAGUUGGUUGCUGCUCUUCACGGUGGAGCUGGGUGCAGUGGCCAGUGAGGGCGAGGAGGUCUUUCACCCCAGCAGGCUUGGUGCCUACAUCACCAGUGCAGGAUUUGGAGUGGUCACAUGUCUGCUGCUGACCCUCUGGUGUUUGGGCGCCUCUGGAAGGACUUCAUAUACUUCUGUGAUGCCUGCUGAGGAGAAAGAUGGUGAGGGAACAUCACGCUGCAGCAUCAUCUUCUGGCACUAUGCCAUUCACGGUAUUUUGGUCUUGGCCACUAUUUGUUGGAUCUGUAUUCACUCUGUGAACUUGCAGCAUCAGCAGGUUUGGCGUGGGAUCUUAACCCUCUACAGCCUUUUGAGUUUGACCUUGAUCUGCUUCUCGCAGCGAAAAGCUGUUGGCAGAGGUUUCGGAGAAGCUCCCAUGUUUUUGAGACGCUCCAAGGGAGAGGAUGAAGGCCACCGAAAGCCAUCCACCCGAACAAGCGUGCAAAGUAAGUGUCCAAAUUGCAAGCCGGAGCGAUGGAAGCCCUUGUUCCAGGAUCCCAGUUUUGGUGGAGAAGUGUCGCAAGGUGUGAAGCCUCUGAACUCGCGGAGCAGCAAAAGGAACGAGUGGCGCAGCUUCGUUUUCGAGGAGCAGGCGGAGGCCAUUCUGUCGCCAACGUCUGCCAUGAAAAGUGGAUUGACUCUGCCCAUGACGUUUCAAAAGAAUUUGCUCAAGCUGAGGGGCAUUGCGAGAAGAGGUGCCGAGUCUGACCAGGGCUCAGUGAGGCGGAGCUCCUUUGCAUCCUCGGAUCAGGGAGAUGGUCCGGCAAGCCCUACCUUUCCACGUAUGCAACGGACACAAAGCCAGCCCAGCGUGAGCAGUGGCUUCAGUGAUGUGUCUGAUUGCCUUUCUCCGUCACUGGUGCGUGGCAUCAGCAAGGAUUCGCGGAGGAUCAGCAAAGACAGCCGCCGCGACAGCAGACAUAGUGCUGAAAGUGAGAGUGCUAUGUCGGAUGUUUCGGAGAUGGGACAUGUGGUCAUUCAAUCCACAGCUCUCGCAUCAGUCUGCGAAGAGGAAAGCAGCAAUCACCUGGCCACCGUGGAGGAACGUUUAGAGGUGGGGAGAAGCGUACCAGGUCUCGACACUGGACCUGGAAGUGGAGCUCCUGUUAAUAGCCUUCCAAUCCCCAGUCCGGCCGGGCCGGUCGGGAGUGGCCAUCCGUUCUCACUGGAUUCUGCCAGAACGGUCAACUCAGACUGCGUUGAAGGGAUCUUGGCCGAGCUAAAAGUGGAGGACAGUGGCAACGGUCCAUGAUGCCAAAGGGGCCAGCGAUUGAGUCGGCGACGUGUGGAAGACACAGAGGCCAGUGCAACACCUCUGCGUUUUCUGUCUGAGAAGUGAUCUCAGAUUGUAUGCAGAUGGGAGGUGAAACAGCCUCUGAUUUGCGCAGUAUGUUUAUAUAUUGCAAGUUUGAAGCACGCUUAAAGCGUGACAAUCAUUGUUGAAAGUUGGGAUGGUACUGGUGGCAGCAAAGCCGCUACUGGCUCCAGCCUUGUGUAUAAGGUAGUGUGCACGUAGUCAUUUUGAGAUAUUGAAGGAAA